AUGGCCGCUUAUUACCGAAGCACCGACUAUUCUCCUCCCACUGGUUCACUUGAGGCCUUGAAAAUGAUGGAGAGGCUAAAUCCUGACAAGAGUGUUCUCCAUGAUCAGGACACGAAUAGCAUUCGCCCUUUCUUUGGUAAUGCUUUUCCUUCAAGUUCCUGCGGUUUUAACACAGAAUCAUUUCACAUUGGAGGUUAUGAAAAUGCAGCUGGUACUCCAAGGUCGUACCAUUCACAGUUGGAUAUUCUUAACUUCGAUUCUCCUGGCAUGAGAAGUGAAAUGUUUUACCACGGUCAUGGUUUACCAUCAGAUUUUCAGAGGUCAUCUAACUCUACCAGAAACCAAUCAUCACCGCAGCAUCAUGGUCUUCUCUAUGCUGAUGAGUCAAGAAGACAAUUCCUUCCUUUUGACUCUUUGAAUCAGCAGUAUCUAGCCUCAGAAGAUGUUUAUGCUUCGCCAGAGUUUCACAUGUUUCAGGCGAACUCUAGACAUUUUGAUAGGCAUGCGGAUGAAAGAAGCACUAGUGAGACUGACUAUAUGAUGCGUUCUAGGGGAUAUUCUGGCUUAAGAAAUGACAUUUUUGGAGAACCUAGGGGCUUCAAUGGAGAAAUGAUGUUCCAUCCAAUGGCAUCUACUAGAACAUGUACGAAGACUUUUGGUUCCGCUAAGUUAUCUGCAAAUGAUUUCGACAGGGGUCCACCACAUGGAGUUUUAGGCAAAGCUUUUGAAUCUGGUGCAAGCUUAAGUUACAGAGAGCAAGCUGGCAUAAGAGACUCUUUCUCUGCAUCUUCGUCUUCUAGCCCAACUUGGGAGAUGGAUUAUAACUUGCCACCACUUGAUGAAGUAAGAAGUGGAAGCUACAGUGACUUAUACCACAACGCCGCCAUGCUUGAUAUGCUUGCCGAGAGAAACAGAGGAUUUGGGGCAUCCUGGCUAAACGGUAAAAGUAAUAUGGCAACUUAUGAUCACGUUGGUCGUUUUUGUCAACAAGAUCUGCUCUCUCAGCUGAGAGACGCAAAGUUCUUCGUUAUCAAGUCAUAUAGCGAGGACAAUGUCCACAAGAGCGUAAAGUAUAGUGUUUGGGCAAGCACCAAAAACGGAAACAAGAAGCUAGAUGCUGCUUAUCGUGAAGCCAAGAAAAGAGAAGUGGCAUGCCCAGUCUUUCUUUUGUUUUCGGUGAAUGCGAGUGCCCAGUUUUGUGGAGUGGCCGAGAUGGUUGGACCGGUUGACUUCAACACAAGCGUAGAGUACUGGCAACAAGAUAGAUGGUCAGGACACUUCCCGGUCAAAUGGCUUAUUGUUAAAGAUGUUCCCAACAGUCUCUUUCGUCACAUCAUAAUUGAAAGCAAUGACCACAAGCCUGUCACUAACAGUAGAGACACUCAAGAGGUGGGACUAGAACAAGGUGUGGAGAUGUUAGAGAUAUUCAAGAGCUGUGAGAUGCGUUCUUCGAUCCUCGAUGACUUCAGCUUCUACGAAGAGCGGCAGAGAGCGAUUCAAGACAGAAAAGCCAGGCAACGUGCUGUUCUUGAUCUCGCACUCUCUGGAACCUCUGUUCCAAGACGACAUCACCCCGCGAGCUCUUCUCUCCAUGACGACUUUGUAAGGGAAAUGUCCAAGAGCUUUGCAGAGGCUUUGGCCUUGCAACACAAACUCAUUUAG